UUCUCUCGCUGCUGCACCGGGCCAACACACGACCGUUGAUCAAUCACCGGCCGCGAGCUCGCAAAUCCCGGCGUUUUUUCGUUCUCUCACCGAGGCACUGGGGCCGAGAAAAGGCGUCUUUUGAAAAAGACGGACACGCGCGACAGAAGUAUACAAGAAGACGAUGCUGCAUCUACGGCUUCGCACCUUCGGCUCGGCCGCCGUAAUCGCCCUCCUCGUCGCCUGUUGCGCAGAUGCUACAGGCGAUUCGAAACCAGUGGCUCCGUUGUCAGGCGGGGCUGCUGGGGUUGUCGACACCCUGUACCAGACGUCGGAGGCGCCUUCGACCGAACUGACCGGCUACCGCAGGUGGUGGUCGUCUCUGUGGCCUGUUGCCUCGCCGAUCAACCUCCCCGAAGCCGACGAUAGGAAAAUGCACUACGGAUACACGGAUUACAACGGCCCGGCAACCUGGUCUUUGGAGUAUCCGAUUUGCGGCGGCAACCACCAGUCGCCGGUGGACCUGAGCUCGAACCGCAUGCUGAGGGCCAGCGGCACCCCUCUCCGCUGGAGCGCCGCUUACUGGCACACCCCGGCCAACAUGACCCUGAUGAACAGCGGCCACACAGUCGAGCUACACGCGAACUGGGGUGCCGAGGGAGCGCCGCAGCUGAGCGGCGGACCGCUGCGCGCGCCCUACACUUUCUGGCAAAUGCACUUCCACUGGGGCACGUCCGACAACCACGGUUCAGAGCACACCAUCAAUAACGCCAGCUUCCCCAUGGAGGUGCACGCCGUCCACUACAAGUCCGAGUACGGCAGCCCCAGAAACGCCCUCAGGUACCCGGACGGACUCGCUGUCGUUGGUUUCCUCUUCCAGAUGAGCCAUGAUCCGAGCUCCUCGUUGGCGAACAUCACGCCGUCGCUGCCGCAGGUGCGUUCUGCAGGUUCGUCGUCUCGCAUUCCUCCGGUGCCGCUGGCCACCAUCAUCAAUCCUCCACGCGCGUAUGCUACUUACCAAGGCUCACUGACCACUCCACCCUGCAGCGAGGGCGUCACCUGGAUGGUCUCCGGCUACAGCAUGUCCGUCAGCAGUGAACAGCUGGCUGCGUUCAGGUCGUUGGCCUCCCACGAUGGCAGCAUGGGCGACAACUUCAGGCCGGUGCAGCCUCUGAACGGGCGGGAAAUUUUCUACGUUUCUCAGUCGAAUUAAAAAGUGAAAAACUUCCAGCUAUAAUCACUUGUAAAAAAAUCGUUAAGUUACAAUAAUUAAGUUAUUUCUUAGGUUAAAUAAAAAGAGAUCUAUAAUGAAACUGCAAUGCGUGGUUCGUUUUUCUAAAUACACACUUUUAAUAACCAAAAACAAACAAUGCGCGUCGUCUGAAUGUGUGUGGCUCUUUUUCAUUUAUAUUCACGCAAAUUGCGUCCGAAUGCGACGAACGAACGAACAAACAGGAAAGCAGAGUGCGCGACCUGAUUGGGGUCGGACACUGUGCUCGCUGCUUAGUACAUAAUAUGUAUUUUCGUGUACAUAAUAAUAUAUUGCAUCAGUUGACAAUCAUUGGAAAAUCAACGCAGUAGUAAUUGAAAACAAGCGCAGUCUGAGAAAUCAAUAAACUUGCUCGUCCUCGCACAGAAUCGUCAUCAUACAGAAGAGAGAAAUUGACAUUCUGAUCUUCGGAAAUUCGUAGAAUUGCUGGAUUAUACAAGAUUUGUCGGAUGAAUUUUAUAUAAGUAUACAGAGCGGAUGCAGAAACGUUGCUUUUUUAUUCUUUUUGCUCGUUAAAUCUGGACGUUGCUUUUGUCCUCCGCGGCGAAUCGACGGCCUUCCUAACACAUUUUUUUAUCGCACACAAAAAUUCCGAUCCGCUCGCGGCUCUAUUCCAUUAUAUAAACAAUGUGUGAGAGUGUGUGUUCGAGUGAGAGUGUAUAUUUACAAGUAGAGUAGAAAGAGAUAUAUGUAUAUAUCGCGAAGGAA